CUGAGCGCGUGACUGUGACAUCACUCCAGUUGUUUGGAGAAGCCGGAAGUGAAUACAGGGAAAUUACCACAAACAGAGCGGGGACAGUUACUGAUUCACACGAAGAGCUUGGGGGGAAAACUAGACUGAAAACUAUUCCCAUCUAAUCGUCAUACUUCCUCGAGUAGAACCAGGAGCAUAAUCGGAUUUUUAUGUCGACCAUGGAGAAGCAUUUGUUUAACCUCAAGUUUGCAGCCAAAGAACUUCAGCGGAGCUCCAAAAAAUGCGACAAAGAAGAGAAGGCAGAGAAGCUCAAAGUCAAGAAGGCGAUCCAGAAGGGCAAUAUGGAGGUUGCACGGAUACAUGCAGAAAACGCUAUCCGCCAGAAGAACCAAUCAGUGAACUUCCUUAGAAUGAGCGCAAGAGUGGAUGCGGUGGCUGCACGAGUACAGACGGCUGUCACCAUGAACCAGGUCACCAAGUCUAUGGCUGGGGUUGUGAAGGGCAUGGAUGCAACCCUGAAGAGCAUGAACCUUGAGAAGAUUUCAGGUCUGAUGGAUAAAUUUGAGCGUCAAUUUGAAACUCUGGACGUACAGACGGCUCAAAUGGAAGACACGAUGAGCAGUACCACAACACUGACCACACCACAGGGUCAAGUCGAUACUCUGAUGAUGGAAAUGGCAGAUGAGGCUGGGCUGGACCUCAAUAUGGAGCUUCCUCAGGGUCAGACAGGAUCAGUGGGAACCAGCGUAGCAUCUGCAGAACAGGACGAGCUCUCUCAGAGACUGGCCAAACUCAGAGACCAGGUUUAAGGAAGAAUCGGGUGUGUGUAAGAGAGCGAUUGUGUAUGUAUGUGCGAGUAUAUGAGAAACAUAUCCCCUGUUUACUGACCCCUGGAAAUAUUGGCCUCAUUGUUUAUUUGUUUAGUUCUUUUUAUGCAGUUGAGGGGUGUGUGCAGAUGUGUGAGGGUGUGCAGCUUUCCUUAUCCACUAUAACAUGCCGAAACCAAACUGUAAUGACACGCUGGAAACACAAAAAUUAGGAACGUUGUAUGGUAACGCUGCUGCCUCAGUCCAUAAUAAUUGGUUUAAAGCUUAUAAUAUUGUGUGUAACAUUUCUUUGUAACAUUACUCAUUUUAUUUAAGUUCAUGUUUUAAAUAUCUGCUUGUCUCUCAAAUACAUUUUAUGCCAAUGUAUCUACAUUAACCUACACCAGAGUUGGUAUCAGACAGCUGUUGGGUAAAAAUUGAGACUUCUUUUUUUUUUUUUUUCUUGCUGCACACAUUUUGGCCUCUGCUUCAAUGGAUAUUGUGGGAAAUUGUAUCUUAAAAUGCAUGUGAUCAAGAUGAUGAUUUGAAUAAAAUCGUUUCCUUUCUUCCAAGGCAGUAAAAUCCCCAGUUUAUCAGCCCUAGGUCUUUAGAGUUUCUGUAAUCUUUUUCUAUUUUGCAUUAUCCAAAAUAAAUAAACUGCCUUUGGCAAUGUACAUCUCAAUCAGCUGGCUCAGAUAAGAAUAUAUAUAUGUUUGUUUGUGUGUAUAUAUAAAUAAAAUUUUGCAAAUUUA